ACGACAAACACUCCUCUCUCUCCCUCCAACAGUCUGCGGCUGGCUCUCGACCAGCGCUGACGCACCCACCAUUCUCUUCUUCCUCCACCCAACACAACAACUCCCUAACACACGAAGCAAACAACAUUUCCGUCCAUGUAAUUUCAUCCAUCGAAAAUAAUCCAUCACUAUUUUUUCCCUUUUAUUUUCAUCAAAAAGGCCGUCCGAUUCGAACAUUUUUCUUUGAUUGCGUGUGUGUGAGUGUGUGCCGCCGUGUGUGUUUCUUCCGCCCAUCCGAAAAGAGUCGAGUGUCUCAUUUGCCUAUACGCAAAUUGACGACAGGUGCGCGCGGGCCCCGUCCAGUGUUGUCCAGUGAAAACGAGUCUCAUCGCGGGCCAGCGGAAAAAGAAAAACGAAUCCGGUUGAUGGAUGGGCUUUUCUUGACUUAUUCGACGGAGGUAAAAAGGGAAAAGAAAUAAAAAAAAAAGGACACGACGAAACUUCGAUCCUUGUAAGGUCACAAAAGGGAAAGCGUCCGGUGAUUGCCAAAAAAAGAGGUUUGAAACACGUCGCCGGCUGAUUGAAAGUUACGUCUACAAAGUGAAGUGAAAGUUAACUCAAAAUAAUCGAUCGAAACAAGAAAGAACUGUCCGUUAUUUUUUUUGAGUUGUCGGUGGUAAAGUUGGUGCGUGCGUAUACAAGUGCGAGAGAGUCAAAGUGUCGAAUUGGGCCGGUCAUGCCGCACAGAAAUGCCGGCGGCCAGGAUCGUCAGUGCUUCAGUCCAGCGGGCCGAUUCGCUGCACUCUGAGCGUUCGGACGCUUCGCAAGCCAAUAAACGGGUGUCGUUCAAUCGCGACGUUGACGUCAAGCACAUCAAUCAUCCGCAACAACAGCAGUCUCAACAACAACAACAACAAGGCUACCACUCGGUACAGCCGGUGCAGCACAUCCCCAGAGUCAAAGGUCCGGCGCCAGCGCCGCCGGUCGGCAGUCACAGCCUCGUCGACCGACAUGAUCCCAACAGCAUCCCGGCAGCUGCUGGCUCAUCGUCGGUGAACAGCGCCAACCACGCCGGCCCGCCGUUCUACAACGUCUACAAGGAGCCGACGCUGCUGAGCGAGGCGGAAUUGGCCCAGGAGGCCGAGCGAAUCAUCCAGCAAGUGGAUCAAAUCAGCUGCACCGUAGCCUCGCCCAACCCGCAUCUGCUGGCCAAUUACGAAACGCGCUCGCUCGAGCGACGCAAUCUGGCCGCCUCGAAACGCAACAACCAAAUCCAGGGCGACAACGGACUCAAUUGGUCGCGCACUCUGCCCACCGCCUCCUCCACCAAGAACCAACUCGUCGUCAACGGAGGCGAAGCAUCCGCCAAAUCCGGCAAAAAGACCAAAAACGUCGAGCAGAAGAACAACAUCCUCCACCAGCAACAGCAGCAGCAGCAACAACAGCAACAACAAUUCGAGAAACUCGACCCGAUCAUCGAAUCGAGUCCCAGACGGCCCCAGCAGCUGCCCAUUGGGAUGAUGACAGUGCUGGACCAACACCACCAACAACAACAGCAACAGCGCCACGGGCAUCACAACAACCGGGACAAGGCUCCGACGACUCCGCCCAAAUACGAUUCCGGCAUCGAGAUGGAAGCCGCCACCAGUCGGCCCAACGUCAAUCUGAUUGUCCAGCAGCUGACGGAAGAGUCGAGGCAGAGAGAGUUGCUCCGGCGCCAGUACCAGGAGGAACUGCAUUUCGCCUCCGAAGAUCCGCUGGCUCCGCGGCUGCCCGCCUUGAAUCUGAUCGAGCCGGACCCGCAGUUCGGCCUCUCGCACAACAAAAACUUGCCGUUCUCUUACACGGGCGGAGUCAGUCCGACUCGAAUCAGCCCGCUGCGCGCCUCGCCCGGAGGGCCGCGUUUCACUUCGCCUCCGCCGCCCAGACCGGAACUUCCUUCCGGUAAAGUCGGCGGCGGAGUGACUGACGUCGUUUACGCCCAGGUCAAAACGCCGGCCCAGCAGCAGGGACGGGGACGGUCGCAGUCGCCCGAACGCAACGUUUACCGCUCGUCCAACGGCGGCGGAGCCGAUAAAGUUCCGGCCGGAAGGGGCAAACUCUUCCAGUUCCAGGAACAACAGCAGCAGCAGCAGUCGGAAGUCAUCCGCCAGCACUUGCGCUAUCCCAUCAAAGGGGGAAACAACGUGGGAGGGCACGACGAGGAGGAGGAGGAGGAGCCGGAAGGGCCGGUGGAUGAAGAGGAUCUGGACGCCAUUAAAGCCAAGGCUCGUUUUCUCUUUGGAGACGACGGCCAGGGCCAGCAGACGGAGCGCAAACUGUCCGGGAGCAGCGGCAACAGCAGGGGACUGGACACCCGCAACAACAAUCGCAACAACGUCAACAAUAGUCAUGUUCAAUACAACAACAACAACAACAACGCCUCGGGGGGUCUGUCGUUCAAGUACAGCACCUUGUUGAAAGAUCAGCAGAGGGCCGGCAGUAACCACCAGCAAGUCCAGGCGGAACAAGCCGACAGGAGCUACCACCAUACGACCAAGAUCCUCAUCGCUGGAAACGAGCAACAACAACAACAACAACAGCGAAAGGCGAGCAGACAACCGGAUCAGCGAGUGUUCCAGUACAGCGACGACGAAGACGACGAUCAUUUCAACGGCGGAAGAGGCGGAGGAGGAGUUAGAAUGUAUCAGGAUCGUUCCGUCUCGCCGGAACCUCGCAUCCAGCCGCUGACCAACCGCAUCCGCUCGCUGCAAAUGCAACAACAACAGCAGCAACAACAAUCUUCGAUGCGGAAGAGCCCGGAACGAUCGUAUCAGCGGGAACCGGAAAGCCGGACGCUUCCGCUUCCGCAAAAGAGCAGCAACCAGGCGUCGAUGGCAUCGACCCGAUUGAUCCAGGAAGCCGAGCGCGGGCGGACGGUGGUCCGCCACCGGACCGAGCCCAUCAUCCAUUCGUCGCGGCUGACGCAAUUCCAGAGCCGCUACGAGGACGAGCUGGACGGCGAAUUCGAGCCGGUGGCGCCCAAACCGCCGCUGCGGAUUAAGAAAUUGUCACGCGAGCGGAUGGAGGCGUCACCUCCGCGGCAGACGGGCCCCACCCAAUCCAAAGUGGCCUUCAACACGGUGCCGUGGCGCCAUCAUGAUCGCAGCCCGGAAAGUAGUCCGGAGCGGAGUUAUCCGCUCAGCCGGCCGUUGAAUUCGUCCAAGAAAAUGCCGUCGCCUUACCGGUACCAACCGCCGGUGCGCUCGUCGCUGACGCCCAGUCCCGAGCGGCGCAUCUCGUCCGAUCACAUCCGGCGCUGGAACGAGCCGCCGUCGCAAAUGGCCGAGCCGUCCGUCGCCAACGCCCAGCCCAACAACAACAAAGUGAACAGCGAGCCGGAGAAGCAGGAGAAGAUCCGCCGUCAGCGGAGCAAGUUCUUGUCGGUUUUUCUCGGUUCGAAAGCCAACAAGAGCGAAAAGAAACAAGCGGCCGCUCAGAAGCAGCAGCAGCAGCCGCAACAACAACAGCCUUCCGUCUUGGUUACGCCAGUAGCACCUGCGGUGGUGAUUAAAAGCGGGCCGGCAGUCAAGGAAGUCAGAGGUCAAGCGCCGCCACAAGUUGCUAAAUGGUCGCCGGAGGACGAGGCGGAAUUGGUUCGACAGAGUCGCUCACUUUUGGUCAAAGGUCAAAGUCAUCCGUCCAAUCAGACAGCCGCCAACAACAACAACAACAACAUCAACAGCAGUAGCAACAAAAUGUCGACCAGGACGGUUGUCGAGCCGAGUUUCGUCCGCAAGACUACGGCGGCGACGUCGCCCGUCGAUCCGUCAGCGUUGCGCUAUCGUGUCGUCACGACGACCAACGGGACGGCCAAGGACGGCGGCCAUCGGCGACGCAGCUCGACCGACCGGACCGACACGUCCGAGAGCGACAGUCACGUCCACAAUCAGCGCAGCCAAUUCAAAAAUUUGCGCCAAAAAUCGCAGAGUUUCAACAAUUUGAAUUACCGACCGGAUCCGGUGGUCGUGUUGGGUGAGGAGCACCAGCACAAUCAGAAUCGUCGCCAUCCGGAUACUUCCGUUCAAUUCCAAUCGAGCCGUCGCUAUCCGGAUGAUGGCGGCCAUCGCUACAAGUCCCAACAUCAGCAGCAGCGCGGACCCGACGCCCGCCCAUACGCCAGCACCAAUUUGAUCCAUCAAAUCGGGGUGGAGUCAGCGGAAUUGAGGGAUCGCAGCGGAUCGGAAGAGAACCAGCAGCCACAGCAGCAGCCCAGAGGUCCAUCCAUCGCUCCGGCAGGUCCUCUGGAAUCAGCUCCGCCGCCUCCGGCGGCCACUUCGGCAGCAGCGGCUCAAUCUCGCCGCCAGAUGCGCUACUUUGGCGACACGGACUUGGAGUCUCAGCCAUCGCGCGGAGGCGGCUAUUCAUCACGCUACAUGCCCAAGGCCAAGGUGUUGCGAAGCGCCAGCUCGGCGGCCGGAAUGGGCGCUGUCCGCAGAGGUGUGUUGAAUCAGCGGGGACGACAUCAUCCAGUCAGCUCGGUCAACAGCUCCGAGAGCGACGGUAGUGCCAUGCAGAGUGCGGCCGGAAGCGCCGAAAGCCAGCGGUCCGUCUACUUGCACGCCACGACGGUGGCCGACAUUCCAGUCACCGGUCAAGUUCACGGCAGAACGGCGGCCCAGCAACUGCAGGCGGCCCGGCGUCACAAGGCCCAGAGCCGGGAGGACAUGUCGGCCCUGUCGGGUGCCACCGGAUCGACGCUGCGCCGGACGCAGACCCGGCAGAUUUCUCGCUCGUACUCGGUGCUGGCGCCAUGGAAGCCGCGCCACUACCGCGACAAGUACGAAAUCACGUACAGCAAUCAGCAGCAGCCGGGUGGUCAAUCGGCGCCGGCCAUGGUGAUCGGUGACGUUGGCAAACCGCCUCGGGCUCCUGUUAGGCGCCGGGAGGACGUCAUUGUCGAGUCAGAGGACUCGGCCGAGGUCUACCGUCCGUCGGCGGCCGUCGGUCAACGUCAGACUGCAGCAGCAGCAGCAGGAACAGCCACAGCAACGUCCAGUAAAAGCGGCGGCACGUCCGUCUCUCGCUCAUCGACCAUGCCCAAAAACAGCAAACUGAUGGCCGGCUGGUUCCGCAAGAAGAAACGCUAGUCCGUCCGUCCGUCCCAUCCAUCUUAACCCCCCGUCCGUUCUCCUUUAAAAAAAAAAAUAAAACAAACACAUAACAACCCUCCCCUGCUGCUGAUGCUCUUCGCCAUAUCUGAAACUAAUUGAAAAAGUAGAAAAAAAACACAUAAACAUAAAAGACAAGACAAGAAUUAAUGACGAAAUUAAUUAUCAUUCAAAGUGGGUUUUCCAUUAUUUCAAAGUGGGAGAUAUUAUUGUUAUGGAUAUGCAAAUGUUUAGACUUUUCCAGUGUGCAAACAGUUUCCCUCUUUUUAAACCCAACAAAGUGAAAGAAGAUGAAGAAGAAGAUGGCCGAAGAGUCCGGAGUACACGCUGAUUGGGCAUCAACUUAACGUGUCUGUUACGUGCUCCAGAUUCUCUUUACCUCCGUGCUCCGCAACAAACAAAAACAACAGCAACAACCAGGAGGAUCAACGACACAAGAGAGACAAGACCCUCGUAGACACAGCGAUGACCCCGUCUGACUGUUAUUCGUCCCGGUUUUUCCAAUCUUUUGUGUGUUUUGGUCGUUUCCCCGUUCCAUCUACUUUGGCAUCAUUCACCUUUUCAUCAUUUUCGUGUCGUCUCCAUCGACCAUUCUUCUCUGGGGGGGAACAACAAAAAAUAAAAAUAAAAAGGGAAGAAGAAACAACAAGUUAUUAAGACAUACAAUAUGUUACGCAAUAAUCAUUUCAACAACCUCCCUCCCCUUGUGUGCCAAUUUCGCAUAGUAGAUUCUUCAACAACCUGGGUAAAAAAACACAAAACAACAAAAAAUAUAAAACUUUCUCUUUUUUUUUUCUCUCCACGGAGACUAAACGUCAUCAACAUGUUUAACGUCAACCUUUUAUUUGACAUGCGUCUUCCUCCCUUUUAUAUACAUAGCCCUUUUUUUCACGUAUAAUAACAAAACUUAUCAAGAUAUAUAUCAUCGUCUUUACCACCCUCCCAACAAGAUUUACAUUCUAAACGGCUCCUCUUACCUCCCAAUUGAUGCUGUGUAAAAUAAAAAAUUUAGGAAUUUUUCUUUCUUUCUUUAAAGAGACAACCCCCCGAGAGCUCAGCCAUUCCGACCAGGAUUAUUCGAGCUCCGUUGGUUGACCUCUGAAAAAAUUUAAAAUAUUAAUAAUAAUAUUAAUAAUAUUACCAUACUGAAACGAAAUUUUUGUUGAAAUUCUUUUUUCUUUUUUUUUACAUAAUGAGCAAAAUUUUGUGUGUGUAUGAACGUCAUGUCUGUGUGUGAAUCUAAUAUGUACAACAUUGACUUUUUUUAUUGGAGGUGGGGAGUGUUAUGUGCUGAGAACCUCCUCCUCUCUUCUCUUCUUUUUCUUUCUUUACCCAUUUUUUUCCUUAUUUUGUUGUUAAUUCUUUACGAUUCCCCAUAUAGCCAAAACACCAAUUUGUAGUUUGUACAAUCGCAUGUUUUUGUUUUUUGUUUGCCUCCCUUUGCCUCAUCCCCCCUCACCAAUUUUGAUAUAAUACAAUAAAAGACUGAUGGUUAAAACAAAA